GUGGCAGACAAGGGGGUGGGGCGGGGAGAGAGAGAGAUUGAGAAUCCCAUUCCCAUUCCUAUUCCCAUCCAUCCUCCUGUUCGUCCUCCCACUUGCCCAGCGACAGAGCAGCUGAGGGAGCCUGUCCUCUCCUCUCCUCUCCUCCACACGAGUACACGACCACAGCACAGGUCCAGACCCCCCAAUCGAAACCAAGAAAGAAAGCAGCAAUUACCCAUCCUCUCCUCUGCCCUGCUGCAUCCACCGUGUACCAGCCUUUUCUUCCCUUUCUUUUCCCCUAUGUCUGUCCUCUCGUCACUUGCUGCCGCUGCUGCAUCACCACGUAUGGAUAUGGAUUCCGCCACGCGCCCCGACGAGGAGGAGGCGCGCCGCCGCCGGACCACCGACUGCAUCUACUUCCUCGCCUCCCCGUUGACCUGCAAGAAGGGAAGUGGAUGUGAGUACCGCCAUAGUGAUUCUGCCAGGAUGAAUCCAAGGGAUUGUUGGUAUUGGUUCAAUGGCAACUGUGCAAAUCCUAAAUGUUCAUUUAGGCACCCGCCAUUGGACAGCCUUGGAGCACCAACAACUCCACGGGCAGCUCAACAGUCUGCACCACAAGUUCCUGUGCCAGCUCAAGCCCAUGGAUCUAUUCCUGCCAGUGGCACAGCCAAGCAGGGUGUUCCAUGUUAUUACUUUCAGAAAGGCAUGUGUGCGAAAGGGGACAGGUGUGCCUUCUUGCAUGCGCCACAUGCUGCUGGAAAUCCUGCUCCACAGCAGAUGGCAAAGGUUUUUGUUCCCGCUUUGCAGCCUCAUCCUCAGUUAAAGAACUCCUGGAUAAAACCAAACUCUUCAGCCCAGCAGAAUACACAUCCAGGCAUAUUUGACAAGUCGAAGGUCAGCAGCGCUCAUGACAGCAAACCAGCUCAGAAGCAUGAUCUGACAAGCAGGGCUGGUCAUUCAUCAGGAAUUUAUCAGAAUCACAGUAAUUCUUAUGUGCGCUCUGGUACAACAAAGCAUUAUCAAUCUCAGCCUUCAGUUGAAAAUGACUUAGCUGAGAAUGAUACGGAGGUGGGCGAAUUUGUGAGGGAAGCUUCUGCUGGUUCCGGUGUUCUUGUUGGUGGCGUUGAUGACGACGCUGAACAGUCAUUCAAGGGAAACCAUAACAGUUACCAUCGUACUAAUGGGGAGCAGCACACUGGGAUGAUGAGGCAAACAAAUGGUAUCUAUGAAUCAGAAAAGGCAUACAGAAGUUCAGCUGAGAGAUUGUUGUCGGAGAGAAGGAUUUCCCAGAAAGAGCCUAUGCCUGUGACUGCACGCAGUUUGGAUUUGCGCCACAGGCUACUGAAGCAAAGAAGGCUCAAUGAUUCCAGAUCGACUCAGGUCCCUGAUAGGCGUGAUCCGUAUCUUGAGGAUGAAAGCCACAAUCACCAUCGCUGGCAAGGUGAAGAGCAGGCUGCGCAUGACAACCUCUCACGAUCUCGAUUGCACGGUAGAAUAAAACUUCCUGGGGAGACAUCAUUUGAUAGACUUGGCUCACGUUCAGAGAAAGAGAAAGAUAGAGGGCCUAGAGCCAGGUUGUCACCACCGAAGCAAACAGACCUUCGAGGGAAGCUUCAUGAAAGGCUAAAGGCUAUAUCAAAUGAGGAUACCCCUGGUAAUGCAAUAAGUUCGGUUGCAAAAGCAAGUAGCGGUGAAGAUGCUGGAUCAUUGAACUUUGCUGGUCCAAAGAGUCUUGCAGAGUUGAAAGCAAAGAAGGUUGUUGGCAGCUCAGGAGAAGAUGCCAGCAAGAGUGCUGGCUCUUUUGCAAGGCCAGUUCGAAUGACUUCAGAAAUAAUUUCUGUCGGGGAAUCUUCAGACUCUGUUCCAUUUGAAGGUCCAAAGCCGUUAAGUGUGAUAUUGAAGAGAAAAAGAGAGGCAGCUUCUGAAAAUGCUUCUCAUUCUGGUAGCACACAGGAAGAAGAUGACACUGCAGGAGUGAAAGAAGAACCUCAGAGUAAGUUCCAAAUCUUUGAGAAUGACACAGUCGUGGCAAACAUGGAGGGCAAUGGAGAAGAAGAAGAAGAAGGAGAAGCUUUCCUUCCUGAAGACGAUGUGGCAUACGACGAUACCCUCUCACCUGUUGAUGACAAUGCUGCUGAAGCUGCUGCUGGUGCAGGUAAAGAGCAGGAGCAUCAAGAUCUAGAGGGAGCAGAAGACUAUGACUAUGAGACGGCUGACGUCAAUGCUGAGGAUGAUAAUGACUACCAGGAUUAUGAAGAUGAUGAUCUGGAAGAUGACGACGAUUUUGCGAGCAAAGUUGGAGUGAUGAUCUCCUGAGGUGUCCUUUUAAAUGGACAGGGUGUGCCACUAAGGCACACCAAACCGAAGUGAAUGGCUGAAGCAGGAGGUGCUAGUGGUUCUCCGAAGAUGUUCAACUGUAUCUCUUUCGGCGCUAGAUACUUUUAGUUCACUGCGCCAAGGACUUCAUUGGGAUAAUAAACUUCGGAGAACAGAGAAUGGAAGCACGAAAAAUCAGCUCAUCGGAGAGCUUGUUGCAACAACCAUGCAGUGACCUGUAUUCAGAUUACACGUGUUGUUGUAUUAUUAGUUGAGAUGGACUAACACAUCACAUGCUCUACUGCUAUUUGUUCUUUAGUGCAUAAGAAUCAUAAGAUGAUAACAACAGUUUGCUGGUAGUAGAGCAUACAAAUUACACUCUUCCCUCCAGAUUUGCUAUAUUUUGGAUUUUGAUAUCUCAGGUUUCGUUGU